UGCAAGGCUUCAGUCUCGCUGCCUCGCUUGUAAGGCGGUUCCUGGGAGGGCUUGAGCGCCAGCGUGAGUGUAAUUGGAAACCAAAGCUUCAAGCUACUUUCCAUUUACUCUCGUAGGUGCUGCUCAAUUCAGAGGAUUAGGGGGAAGAGGCUCCUGGUACCUUAAGGGAUAUCGCUGCAAGGAUUAUUUCUUUUCUACACAAGCUGGGAAUCUGCUUGCCACAACCAGGAAGAAAGUGAUCUCCAGGCUUUGGAGUUAGAAAGUAUUGUGUGUGAGAGUGUGUUUUUUUAAAAAGAGGAGUCUAUAAACUGAUAGGGAAUUUAACGUCACUUUAUCUCUGAAUCUGCACUGCAAAGCCCGCUAGGGAAGCUUAUUUAAUACAAUGAAUUGCAGGAGUCAGUUCCCAGAGACAAAAGAUUGAAGUAGGAUGCUUGCCUAGAAGAGUAGAGAAGGUGGACAUCAAGCUUCUAACUCUGUGUCUCAUUUCCCAGGUUUCAUAUCUUGGAUAUAACAUUUCACAUCUGAAGAUAAUGACAUUUCUAAGUCUCCAAGUGUUGAUUGGAGUGUUUAUUUGCUCAUGCAGUGUAAAAGGAUCUUCGCAGCCUCAGGCCAGGGUGUUCUUAACAUUCAAUGAGCUGCAGGAAACCAAGACCUCUCAGUUCUAUGCUCUUUCUCAUCACCCCUUAGACUACAGGAUCUUAGUGAUGGAUGAAGAUCAGGACCGGAUCUAUGUCGGCAGCAAAGACCACAUUCUGUCUUUGAAUAUCAAUAAUAUAAGCCAGGACCCUCUGAGUAUUUUCUGGCCAGCAUCAACAAACAAAGUUGAAGAGUGCAAAAUGGCUGGCAAAGAUCCUACACACGGCUGUGGUAAUUUUGUCCGUGUGAUACAGACCUUCAACCGCACUCAUCUAUAUGUUUGUGGUAGUGGAGCAUUCAGCCCUGUAUGUGCAUACCUCAAUAGAGGGCGCAGAUCUGAGGAGCAAGUUUUCAAGAUCGAUUCCAAAUGUGAAUCUGGAAAGGGACGCUGCUCUUUCAACCCUAACGUGAAUACCGUCUCUGUUAUGAUCAAUGAAGAACUAUUUUCAGGAAUGUAUAUUGAUUUCAUGGGGACUGAUGCUGCCAUUUUUCGCAGUUUAACCAAGCGGAAUGCGGUGAGGACUGAUCAGCACAACUCUAAAUGGCUAAGUGAACCAGUUUUUGUGGACGCCCAUCUAAUCCCAGAUGGCACUGACCCUAAUGAUGCUAAAGUGUACUUCUUCUUCAAAGAGAAACUGACAGACAACAGUGGCAGCACCAAGCAGAUUCAUUCCAUGAUUGCUAGAAUAUGCCCUAAUGACACUGGUGGACAGCGUAGUCUUGUAAACAAGUGGACAACUUAUUUGAAAGCAAGACUUGUAUGUUCUGUAAUGGAUGAUGACGGCACAGAGACCUACUUUGAUGAAUUAGAGGAUGUAUUUCUUCUAGAAACAGAUAAUCCUAGAACGACACUGAUAUAUGGCAUUUUCACAACAUCCAGUUCUGUAUUUAAAGGCUCGGCAGUGUGUGUGUACCACCUGUCUGAUAUCCAGAGAGUAUUCAAUGGUCCAUUUGCACACAAAGAAGGCCCAAACCACCAGCUGAUUCCCUAUCAGGGUAGAAUUCCUUACCCACGACCUGGGACAUGUCCUGGAGGAGCCUUCACACCCAACAUACGGACGACCAAGGAGUUUCCAGAUGAAGUAGUCACCUUUAUCAGGAACCACCCCCUAAUGUUCAACCCCAUUUACCCAGUCCACAAGAGGCCAUUAAUUAUCCGGACCGGCACCGACUACAAGUAUACAAAGAUAGCUGUUGAUCGUGUCAAUGCUGCAGAUGGGAGAUAUCAUGUCUUAUUUCUUGGAACAGACCAAGGUACAGUACAGAAGGUUGUAGUCCUGCCCACCAAUUCCUCUGCAAGUGGAGAACUUAUAUUAGAAGAAUUGGAAGUGUUUCAGAAUAAUGCUCCUAUAACAACAAUGGCCAUUUCAUCUAAAAAGCAACAGUUGUAUGUAAGCUCAGAUGAAGGGGUCACCCAAGUUUCCUUGCACCGCUGUCAUAUCUAUGGGACGGCCUGUGCUGACUGCUGCCUUGCCAGAGACCCUUAUUGUGCCUGGGAUGGCAAUUCCUGCUCCAGAUUCUACCCAACCGGAAAAAGGAGAAGUCGUAGACAAGAUGUGAGGCAUGGAAAUCCUAUGACUCAAUGCAGAGGAUUUAACCUAAAAGCUUACCGCAAUGCGGCAGAGGUCAUUCAGUAUGGAGUCAAGAAUAACACCACCUUCCUGGAGUGUACAGCUAAAUCUCCACAGGCCUCUGUAAAAUGGCUCUUACAGAAAGACAAUGACAGAAGGAAAGAGGUCAAACUUAAUGACCGAAUCAUCGCAACUGAACAAGGGCUCUUGAUUCGCUCAGUCCAGGACGCCGACCGAGGUCUUUACCACUGCAUUGCAACAGAAAAUGGCUUCAAGCAAACAAUAGCCAAGGUUAACUUCAAUGUGUUGGAUUCAGAUACAGUUGCUUUCAUGACUGAAAAGUGGUCCCCAUGGACCUGGGCCAGCUCACUCCAGGCUUUGCAGCUUCAUCCGAAGGACUUGGCUGGAGCUUUCAGCCACUCAGAACUGCAGAUGAUUAAUCAGUACUGCAAAGACACAAGGCAGCUUGGCCAGCAGGCAGAAGAUUCUCAAAGGAUGAGGGGGGAUUAUGGCAAGUUGAAGGCCCUCAUCAACAGCAGAAAAAGUAGGAACCGAAGGAAUCAGUUGCCUGGAUCAUAAGGUUUUUGUUUUGGAGCAUCACCAUUUUGUUUUCUGAUAUCUUCCCUCAAGAUGUUUUGUUUUGUUUUCCUGCUGAAAGCAUAGAAAAAUGUUAGUAAAGCAAUCCUGAUAAAAGAUCAUGAAAUACAACCCAUCUAAUUUAAAACGGUUGGUGGGGGGAUCAGGAUACAUUAUUUGUGAAGUGCCCACUGAUACCAGAUAAAUCCUUACUUAAACUGUAAACUAGUUUCUAUGCCUUAACCCAGAUUCUCAUCUGAUGUUUAAAUAUUGCGGUUUUUUGAUGAGAAAGAAAGCAACAGUUGACAUACUGUCUCUCCAACUUGGAAUUAUACAAGGUGGGAAGAAAUGUUUUUAAAAAUGGGUUAAGAUGAAUAUGUGAGUUGGGUGGUAUGUACAUACAUUUCUUCCACCCAUUGUGACAUAUAAUUCUUACUGUUUACGGUACAUUGCUUUGAAAAACUACAGUUCAAGCAACUGGUUAGAGGUGAUUUCCCAUGUUAGUAUUAAAAGACACAUGACUGAAAAUGUAACAUGGGAAUGAUAGUUAUAUGUACCUAGUUUUGGCUGAGGCUAGUUUAUUCAUCACUCUUAAAUCAAUUUUUUUACAUGGUAAAGUCACUGUGAUGUGAUGCUUAUAAUCUACUUCCUCCAAGGGGUUCAGAGUGAAGGAUAUGGCUUCCCAGUGGCCAUAUCCAGGCCACUUUUGGAUAUGGCUUCCGUGGCCAUAUCCAGGCAGCUUACAGGCCAUAUCUGCUUAGUUGCAGCAGAGGGACUGUGGCAUAUGCCAUCCAUUUUGAAUUGAGAAUAUGUUUAAUGAAUGCAUGAUGUGACCACUGGUAUUUACUGGGAAUAAAUAUAGUCAUUUGGCCCCAGAGAUGUAGGUACUGCUAAGGAGUUGCAGGUAUUCCUUUUGGUCACCCACAGUGGUGUAGCAGCAUUGGGGGAGGCCCUAGGGUGAGGCAGCCCCCGCCACCUGCCCUUGGGGCUGCCACCUUCCUGCCACGUGGCUGCUCACCCACCCCUUGUGCUGCCCAUCCUGCCUCCCUUUGCUGGGCUCUGACGUGGGCUAAUGCCAUCACUGUACUGGUGUGAGCAUGUUGCCCCAUAUUAGUGAGAACUGGUACAGACACAGUGAUGCCAUUAGAUCGUGUUGCAUCCUGGCAAAGGGAGGCAGACAGAUGGGUGGCCAGAUGGAUGGUGUUGGCUGAGCGGGCAGGUAGUCUUCAUGCCCAUCUGGGGGCAGAGGGCCCUCAGGUAUCAGUGCCACUGCACCACCUACCCCUAUGGGCCUGGCUACCCAUUGUUGCAUGAGAAAAAAAGGUAAACUACCCUAGCAAAUGAGAGUGCAGGAGGAGACUAUGGAUAUGAUCCAUCUACAGUUAGGCACUUCUAAGUCUCAUUGAUUUCAAUGGAAGAGAUCGAGGCAUGUGCUUAAUGCUUCUUAAAAAAAUCAAUGGGACUUUCCAAAGUGCUUAACUCUGGCUGCAUUUUGCUUUGCAUUUGUACUGAGCAAAACGCAAAACAGGUUAUAAAAGCCAUUAAGAGUAAAAGGAAACCUUGAAGUAAAGAAAGUAGAAUGGGGAAAAAAAAUAUUUGCUUGGAUUUACCUUAACUUAUUAGGAAAUCCUAGUUACUGCAUGUAGAUAAUUUUAUAUAUUAGUUAAUAUGAUCUGGAAUCUGUGAUUUUUUUUAAAUUUUUUGCCUGUCCUGAAAACAAAUUUUAAAAGCUUUAUUGAAAUAAUUGUCAAAGGUCAGCCUAGGUGCCACAAGGAUGGAAAACUGUUGGUACAGUUUCUCAUUAAAUGUUGGACAGACAACAUGAAUUCAGCAAUGCUAUAUUGCCCAUCUUUUUAUCUGUUAUACAAACAGGUAAAAGUAAUCAUUGAUACACAACUGACAAUAUUAUAAUUUUAUUUAUUUA